ACCUACAAACCUACAAACUAAACGAAGAUAGAAGAAGAGAAGGAAUAAUGUGAUUCUCUCAGGAGGGAACGACACCUGCUGUCUGUUGCUACAGUGCGUCUUCGACUAAACCAGUUAUAAACUCGUGAUCGACUUGAUCUAACCAAGUUCUUUUAUUUUUCACGGAAAUCAAAUAAAUUCUAAUAUUGGAUAUUUAUUUAACGAAAAGUGCGUUGUUCAUAUCAAUUCUUCGUGCUGUUCCGGAAGUUGGAGAACUUGACAUAAACAUUAUAACAAAAAGAUAUAAAGUUCACAAAGAGAAUGUGAAAUGAUUUCUAUAGCGUUACGAUCGUCACAAAAUACCGUUAAUUGAUUCAUACGGGACUGUUUAAUAAUUAACGAAAAAAUCGUAAUGCGGAACAGUGUAAGUUAAAUCUGAAAAUUAAGCUCGGCGUUCGUGAUGCAGCUGUUGAUAAACUAAAUUUGAAGAAAACCGCAACGGCUUGGCAUUAUCGUUCUUGACAAACAUCGUCCACGUGCUGCAGGGAUCAUUGAUCAUCCGGCUGCGGUGUCCACGACGGCCCAUGAAACUUAUCGCAUGGCCUGCCGCAUCCAACUGACAUUUAACAGAAUGCUGAGGGGAAGAUGCGUCCUCUAGCUCUCGUUCUCGCGAGCUGCUUCAACCUCCUGCAAGUUGUUCACUGCCAGGAAUUAUCGGUUAUCAGGCAUUCUGAUGGAGAUAUUUUUACCAUCGAGGGCUCUUGUACAGAAGCCUGUACAGUGCUUAGCAGCGGCACUGCUAGUCCUUAUUCCCGAAGUUCCUCAAGUUCAAGUCUGUUUAUGCCGAACAGUUCCUGCACGUGCCAAUGUAACCACGAUGUGCCGGUUUUUCGCGAAGAUCUCCACAUAUGCGUCAAUGACAUCCACGAGUGUGAGGUUGCGGGAUUUGUCAGCAACAACGGCCAUGUAGAGAGAAUACCGUAUGUCUUUCUGCCGCAACGAGGGCAGAUAAUAUAUCCACAUGCGGAGAUUCGUUUUAAAGGUGUGACCACUCCCGUAUGCGGAAUUACCGGUGCUCAGCAAUUAGGGAGAGCGGGAUGGUCCGAGCUAAGAAAUCUUUCUGACGCCGAGCCGCCCUUCAGACUUUUUCGCGACGAGGGUAGAACAUUCUUACAGUGGAUCGGCGAAACUGGACUUAGAGAUGCAGCGGAAGGACGACUCGUGACGGCCAAACUAGUCUGCAGAGAUGCGUCACCAAUAUCGACGUUUCCUCGAGUUUUUACACCCUGUGUGGCGUUUAGAGUAGCCGGAUCACCGUCAAAAACCAGUGUACGAGAAGUGAUGUUCGCGUCAACGUCUCAGAUGUCGCACGGUCUAUCGACCAUGGAGUAUACCGCCAUUGGUCUCUCUUCUGUAAUCCUAGCUUUCAUAUACAUAGCUAGCGUAUCGUUAUAUUUGCACAGCAGAAGGGCAAAGAGAAAAUCCAUCGAGGAAGCAAACAUCACUCUUGAUGGCGGUCGCGACGGUAGUGGAUUAGUGAAGAGUAAUCCAUUGUUAGCUGCUACGAGACACUUCGAGAGCGAUACUAACAGCGGACUUACCGAGAGCGAUUUAGGCGAUGAUCUUCCUCCGAGUGAUAACGAGCAGGGCUUUGAAAAUCAAAUAACAUCAGCAAUCGUCCAUCCGCACUGCGUAUAUCUGGAGCAAUCGGAAGGACUUUUUUCCGCGGGUUCUAUUCUGGGUGAGAGAUUGCCGGAAGAGGAUGUACGCGUCGUGGAAACGGCUGACAACCCGCAUCAGCAGGAUGUACCGGUUCUUCCAGGUGCUCAACGUAGGAAAUUGUACUUCAAUCCCGCAUACUUCGAUCGACAACUAUUAUUGGCCCCACCUCCGGCUGCCAUCGAGUUCCUGCUCAAAAUUCGAGAAGUCAUUUCUAUCGCCAAACACAAAAUGGCCGCGAAGAGAUUUGUUCCCACCCUCACCGGUAUUCCAGAAGAAGAGAGCGGUUCCGAACGAUGCGAGUCGGCCAAGUUGAGCAAGCAUCAACAGCGGGCAACGUUAAGCUCUGUGCAGAGCGGUUCGGCCGCGAAAUCGCGCAAGUCUCAACGGUGCACCGGUUGUCCAGGUUGCAGCGAGUCGCCCCGGCAGCUUCCUGUCCUACCUGUUCUCGAACUAUCCAGUCACGGUGAGAGCAAAGUACGAGCCUGGUUGGAAGAUGUGCGACCGCCGCAGCGUCGCUGGCGUGACCCCGAAGACACGCGCAGAAAUUUCCAAGAAAACGCGCGCACAUUCGCCCGCAAUUUGGAGUAUCUGAAGCAGUUGGCAAGACGCGAUCUUGCCGAUCCGGACGAUCGCGCGAGUCUCACCGCUAAGUCGGUGUCAUCAUGGAAAGAUAAUCCACCGAUGCUAAGAACUUUCAAAAAUAUUACUGCCAGAAGUGAGAUUCUGGAGAACGAUGAUCGUCAAAGCGUAUCCAAAAGAUCGACCAGGUCCAUGUUCGAAAGUACCGAACACGAUCGUCACAACAAGCGGCAGAGCACAACGUCCCAGUUUUCUGCCGGUAAUGACGCGAUAAACGCGAAAGUGCGCAAGGCCAUCGAGAACUCUUUCAUCCAGCAAAUGCAGGAGAAUGCGGCCAUGGAGAACGAGAUAAAAGAGAGCAUAAAGGUAGAUAAGAACAGCAAGAGUGAAGACGAGUUGACAAAAACAGACAGAUCAUCUAGCAAUACGGAGAAAUCAGAGAAACCAAGCAAGCCUUCGCAUUCGCAGAGCUCUGAAAGAGCUUCUGUUCCGAAGAGAUCUCGGAAGUCUUCGAAGGCUCCAAAUGCACCAUCGGCGAAAAAAAAAGAACUUCCAGACAUGAUUAACGAGCUGCCCGGCGCGCGCAACACCGCAAAGCGCAUAAUGGACGCUGUAAUACGUGAGAUGGUAGACGUGAAAGCUUUGGAUCAUCAUCACGCUAAAUCGUCGGAUCACUUAGCAGUAGGUGACUACGAAGUGGACAGUCUGGAGCGUUCUAAUCGGAAGUCGUCGACGUCGCCAGAUCAAUCAUCGACGGAUAACCAAUCAAGCCCGGCAUUGUCUACCGCACUGCCGAUGGACGAGGAGCUGACGAUGCAGAAUGCCGUAAUUAACACGCGUACUGGUGAAAUGACAAUGACAAAGAUCAGUGAUCGAAUUCUCGAACGUGAUUGCUACAACAAUUUGCCGGAGCUAGUCAGCGGCCAGCAACGAUCCGAAGCGUACUCGCUCGUCAGCGAAGUCUACGUGAACGACGGUUACGCCAGUCCAGCUUGCAGCGACGAUAGCGGCCCAGAGAUUCAAUAUGAGCCAGAGAAUCCAGGUCAUCUGACUAUCAAAGUGCAGGAUUCACCGGAGAAUUACAUAAAGCUCGACGAAUCCGAGUACGAACCGGACACGCUAGACCGAAAACCGAUGAAAUUACGUAUCAACGAUAACAUUCACUAUGGUCAAGAAGAAAUCGCUAAUGAAGUUUAUGUAGAUUCUCUAGAACGACCUGCUCAGAUUCUGCUCAGAAGUAAGGGCAGUUUUCGAGAUGAGAAUUCCGCGCUGCAACGUAAUCGCGGCAGUUUGCGGGAGAUUUACGAGGCGAAGAUUAGGUUGAACCUAAAGGACUCGCACUUAACAAACGGUUACGACAUUAAAUGCCAAAUGAACAGCGAAUUUGAUGGCACUCUUUCCUGGAAGAGAUGCAAGUACCUGACGCCCGAAAGCAGGCAAGCAAAGAGACAACGGCAGCACAAUCAACCGGACGUGGUACCGUUGCCGCCUACGGAGGAGAUUUAUCAACAGCCGAAACCGCCGCGACGCGUCGAGAACGCGAAACUGCUGCCGCUGCCAUUGUCUCCGUCAAAAAACGCGUGGGACAGGAGUCCUGUCGAAGCGGGUGACCCUACGGCCAGCAACGGCACUCCUGUCCCAAAAGCUGACGGAUAUUAUGUAGGGAAUCAGACCUGCAUGUCGCAGACUCAAAUUGAUAUUUACAACACAGAGUGUCACGAGGAUGUUGCUUUGACGCAGACGGCAACAUUCCUUAACGAGAAGAUCAUGACGAACGGUUGCAGAAACUUUCCGUGCGAGACGCGAGUCGAGAUCCAAAAUUCUGAGAACAGACUUUACAGAGACAUUUGUGCUAAAGAUGGUGUUUUAUCGCGAGAAACGAGAUCGUGUCGAGAAAGAAAACUUGCUACAAGUUCAACUUAUCAUAGAAGCUCUGCGAAGAGUUCCAAGUUGCGAUCGUGGAACGUCGAGCAUCAUCAGGAAGACAAGGAUAGACGACUUGUUAACAAGACACAAAACUACUUCAGAACAAGACAGCUGAGAGGUUUGUCGAGAACGUGCAAUUCUAGUUCAAGUAACUUAAUUUUGCCAUUGAUGGUGGACAAUCGACGAGAUCACGUGAAGGUGGAAGAUAGCGGUUAUCUCAGCAGCACUGACAGCAACGGCUCACGUAAACGGCUACUCAAACAUGAGGUGAGCAGCGUGUCCGAAGAGACCGACGAGACAGAAUCUGUGUGCGACGGUGCUAGUGAAAGCGGUGCUGAGAGUAUCGGUACCGAUAGCGUUUUCUUCGGUAACUUUCGCAGGUUGUCGGAAAUCUCGAAGAGCGCAGAUUCUGGUGUGGAUUUGGGCGCUGGCAAAACUCCACUAUGUUAUCAGUUCUUCAAUGAGAAGAAUGAGAACACAGUUGUCUUGGAAAGGACCAACUUCAGCAACAGCGAUAGCGAGACUGAAAGUCUCGUCACUGUCUUGCCGCCUUGUAAUAAUCAAUGCAAUAGUUUAGUGGCGUAACCUAAUAUAAGUGAAUAUUUUUUUAAUAAAAGCUGUGUAAUAUAAUGUAGUUCUG